GUUACACGAAGUCACUCACCCAAAGGCCACUUGCGAUGCGACGCUCUUAUCUCUCACGACGUAUCGGGUGCCCCUUCAUCAAAGCGAAAUUGUAUGUAAAACCGAGAAUUGUAAAAAGCGCCUUUUGUCUUAUCGUGCGGCCAUUGUAUUCAAAGCGCCACCGGUUCAACGUUUGAAGUGCGCACUCGCAGCUCUUCGGCUCUUUGCGGUCAGCUAAUUGCAGAUUGUGACCUGCUGUUAGGUUUCAUUUGGAUGAAUAGCAAAUCCAAUUCAGUCUGAGGAAAUAACUGUUAAGAUCAGUAUCACCCCGCCACAAAUCCCCUUAUCCCCCCCCCCCACCACCUCAUACAUAACAAGUCCCCGCUCCAGGUGGUCGAUGCUUUAAACAAGACGCUCUGCCUGCCAACCCCCCAAUCCCGAAAAGAAAAAAAAAAAAAAACACCUCUGCGAUUGGACCGCCUUUCCACUUCAAAGUCAGCGGCUACGUAGUUCGGAGGUGAUUGGUUACGGGCACCAAAAAAAAAAAAAAAAGUUUUCUCGAAUGAAAGGGCAAAAUCGGGAAAUUGCGGGGGAGCAUUCGAGAGGUGCGGGGCUUUGGAGAAGAGACAGGGGCUGAGCGCACAACCUGGCAUCGGAGCGCACCGCCGUCGGACAUCACGCUGGCUGCAGAACACAUGGCUGCGCUCGCCGUGUCCACCACGGAGAACCUUCUGCACGCGUUUUUACAGGACAGAACGCCCAGCUCGUCACCGGAGAGCACGCCUCUUCCUCUGGCGCUCCUGGCAUCCACCUGUGGUCAGGCCAGGCAGAUCGGCACAACGGCCUCCGAAGUGUCCCAGUUCUCCUAUGAGGCAGCGGUGGGCUCAACUUCUGGGAUGUUUCAGCUCUGGAGCAAUGACAUUCAGGCCAGCGGCUCUUUUGGCUCCCAUCAGAUGACAUUCAGCGUUCCCAAAGUUCAGUACCCGAGCCAUGUGCCCUCAGGCUUGGGCAGCGGUCACCAUGAACUUCCACUCACCCCUCCGGCCGAACCGUCCGGCUAUUCCUUUGACUUGUCCCCUGUCAAAGUGCUGGCAUCCCAGGUGCAGGGCAACGCCUCCUAUUCGUACCACCAGGCCAGCGCCGUGAGCCAGAACUUCUCCAACUUCCUCCAGAACUCGUCAGGUCUGCCGGGGAGGCACCACCUUGCAGGAGGGCACAUGGACGACUCUCAGCAGUGGUGGAGCCUCCAGCAAGGCAACGCCAACACCGGCACCCACCCGUUUGCGCUGGGCAGGCCCCUCGUCUUGGGCCACCAGCCUCAGAUUGCCGCCCUUUUCCAGGGCACCUCCAAAAGUCUGCUGAGUUCCACCAGAAGGUGCAGGAGGUGCAAGUGUCCCAACUGCCAGGUGUCGGGGGGCCCAACUGACGAAGCGGGCAAGAAGAAGCUGCACGUCUGCCACAUUCCAGAGUGUGGCAAGGUGUACAAGAAGACGUCGCACCUGAAGGCUCACCUGCGCUGGCAUGCCGGCGAGAGGCCCUUCGUGUGCAACUGGCUCUUCUGCGGGAAGAGCUUCACGCGCUCCGACGAGCUCCAGCGACACCUUCGCACUCACACCGGGGAGAAGCGGUUCGGCUGCCAGGAGUGCGGCAAGCGCUUCAUGAGGAGCGACCACCUGUCCAAGCACGUGAAGACUCACCAGAACAAGCUGAAGAAGCAGCAGCAGCAGCACGGCUGUGGAGACGGACUGCUGGACAGCAUCAAGAAGGAGUAGCGCCGCUUGGUUCUCGGGACGCUCCCUGGCUGUCAGAGGCUCGUGCCCGUGGGGUCCGGCGGCGUGUGUGUGCAUGUGUGUUCGUAACCGUGUGGCCCUGGAGACUCCAUCGUCAGCGUCGAACGGCCAGUGCUGCAGUGAAGAUGGGCCCCUUGGGGCAGCUGGCCAGGCUUUCACUGCAGGAUUUACAUUCGGGAGGACCCCAAGGUGGGCUGACGAAACUUUACUUUAUUCAAAUGUCCGGACAGAGGAGGGACGUGGGCUCAAGCGGGCGCUUGAAUGGAAUUGAGAUCUUGUGCUGCUUUUCUUGUUUCUCCAUCGUCUUGUGCUCAUUUGUGUCCGUUUACUGCGGGGCUCUUGAACUCAAGUCCUAGGGAGACCCCCGUUAUGGCCGUGCUCCUCGGUUCAUUCAACAUGCAUAUUGGGGAACUUGAAGACCACAAAAGGUCAGGAGUCCAAAUGAGCCAGUGAGCAUUCAACCCCAGCAAGCCCCCCCGAUCCCCCCCCGACAACCUUAAAAGGUCAACUCCAUCUGCCCACCACCCAGGGACAAAUUCAUUAAUUUAAUAAAGGACUGGACACAGAGCUGUGCCCACGAUAAAAGGUGCCCCCCCCCCCACACUCCUUAACUGACCCCUUGUGGGCACACGCUGUAAGAAGGCAUGUAUAAAGUUUUUGUGAGUGAAACCAAUAAAGUCCUUUCUUGCUGUUUGGCAGGACUUUCAGAUCGGCUGUGUUGGCGUGUGGUUUUCUUGAUGGGGGCUGACCCUGCACUACUUCUUUCUGCCCCCUGUACACAAUUCACUUUGGCAA